AUUCUUAAUUGUGCAUAUCUGUUGCUUAAAGAAAGCCAGGUCAUUAUGUAAGGGGAAGCGUGUGCAUGGAGCACACGGAAAACGUAAGUACAGUAUAGGAACAGACAGCUGAAGACCAUCGGAGUGGAGAGAGAUGCAGGACCCUGCUUCGUGAGUCCUUUUGCACUGUGUGUCUGGACAGCAAAGAAGAAAGCCAGCUAAACUGAGCUGCCACCCUCCACACUGUGAUUCUCUGUAAGCAUAGAAGUCCUCGGUGGGAGCAUUCUGUAUCGUGUAGCUGAAUGUCUAUAGCCUGAGAAGGAAACGUUCCACAUGUGCUUGGUUAGCACUAGUGUGUGAGGAGGGAGGGUCUGCACAGCGGAGGACCAACACUUUGAGAUGCAUGCUCCUCUCCGAAAACGCCAUGGACCUGGCCUCCAGCCCCCACUUCUGCAUCCAAGGCACAGCUCCUUUGAAUCGGAGUCUUCUAGCAAGAAACCUCAAUUCCAUUUGGAUCUCUGGUUCUAUUUCACCCUCCAGAACUGGGUCCUGGAUUUUGGUCGUCCGAUUGUGAUGAUUAUCCUCCCCCUGGAGUGGUUCCCCCUAAACAAGCCGAGUGCUGGUGAUUAUUUUCAUAUGGCCUACAAUGUGAUUACUCCUUUUCUUCUUCUUAAGCUUAUUGAAAGAUCACCUAAGACGUUGCCUCGUUCAGCUGUGUACGUCUGCAUUAUCACAUUUGUGAUGGGAGCCAGUAUUCAUUUGGUCGGUGACUCAGUCAAUCACCGCCUGAUCCUCAGUGGCUAUCAACUGCACCUAAGCGUCCGAGAAAACCCCAUUAUCAAAGAUCUAAAACCUGCAACCCUGAUUGACUCUUUUGAAUUGCUUUACUACUAUGAUGAAUGCCUUGGACACUCUAUGUGGUAUAUCCCCUUUUUUUUGAUCUUCUUUCUCUAUUUCACUGGAUGUUUCACACACCUAAAGGAGGAGAGGAAGAUGCCCCUGUCUGCCUGGCUGCUUGUUGGCCCCAGUGGCCUGUACUACUGGUACCUGGUAACUGAGGGCCAGAUUUUCAUCCUCUACAUUUUCACGUUCUUUGCCAUGAUGGCAACAGUAAUGCAUCAGAAGCGUAAAGGCUUUGUCCUGGACAGCAAUGGUCUUUUUCUGCUCAGCACCUUUGCCAUCACUCUGGCUCUCAUUGCUGUUUGGGUCAUCUGUUUAUGGAAUGACAAAGUUUUGCGAAAGAAGUACCCCGGGGUGAUCUAUGUCCCUGAGCCAUGGGCUUUUUUCACUUUGCACAUAAAGGGCAGGAUGUAGCUUCACAGAGGGAGAGAGAUACAAAAAUAUUCCUCUCUUGCUGGAUACGUACCUGUAAGAAAAGAGGUGUCAGUCUGUAGUCUGAUGUGCAGGUGGAAUAUGGGAGGAGAUGUUAAAUUUGGUACUUGAACUACAGUAAGUGGCACAGCUCUGGAGUGAAGCAUUUGCGAUUCACACACAUCUGUUUAGUCAUUUUUGAAACAAUCCUCACUAUCCUUGCUAAAAGUAAUCAUGUAUUUUUGUCAUAAGCAUUUUAAGGAGGAAAUCUUUAAAAUAAACCAACAAUCAGCUGUCUGUAGCCCCUGGAGCAAUUAGUGGUGUAAAUCCUGUCACAUAUGUACCACUCUCCCUUUUUCUUCCUGUGCUUUGGCUGGCAACACUCAGGAAUUUUAUCAGAGUGAUCAUUUUUGUGUGCGUGUUCUGAGUUUCAUGACAUUCCUCCUGGAAUGGUUUCGGUACUGCUGAAUGACUUCUUUCAUUCCCAUUAGCCUUCAUAUGACUCCAGUUAUGUCAUAUCUCAUGCUUCCAGACGAGACUGGAUACCCUAAAUGCAAAGAGAUUAAAAGUGUACUGCAAAAACAAAAACGCUCAUUCAUCAGAAUACUAACAGCAUCGGCAAUCUGGAAGUGUAUUGGUGCCCAUGCUGUGCUAUAUCUGUAAUGGGGAUGAAAAGAGUAAGAAGCUAGAAGUCACUCCUGUCCCAUGACCUGUAGAGGGUCGAUCAUCCUGCCACCUACUGGUUGGUAGAGUUCACUCUAAUCCUCAGUGUCCACAAGUGAGGGCCCUAAUGAUGAGAGAAAGAAUGGAGCCUGUGUGCCAAAAUAGUGUCCUGAUGCUACCAUACGAGAAGAAUGAUAACCAGCAUCUUCUUUGUCUGCUAUGGUGAGUCCCUAAGAAAUACUUUAGUGCCUUGUAUCCUCCUUAUAGCCUCCUUUUAGCCAAGAAAACAUUCUCCCAUUAUUUUUAGGUGGGCCUAAUUGUAUUCCUUGGCCGUGAUACCUACCCAGAGUUUAGAAUCCUUUUUAUUUUUAAUAUCAAGGUUAGACGGUGGAUGUUGAGAUAAAAAUGACAUUCGGCAGCCAAAGCAGGGGAUUCUAAUCACGUACUAUUGGAAUCUCUCUUUUACUUUGAAGGUUGUACCAGCAGUGUUGUGUGAGUGGCUGGAAUUGUGCGGCUUUUUAUCUGGUUAUCACAUUUCAUUUUAAUUUCAAGACAAUCAUAUCUUAAAGAGAGAGAUGAAGUGGAACUGCCUCAGUGAAGGGCUCUCGACAAUCUGAAGAGGUCUUUUAGUAGUUAAUAGCUAACACUUCAACAAAGCCACCAGUCCUCUUCCUUCAUCUUUACACUUUUCUGUUCCAGGUUGUAUGUAAGUAAUAUGCAAUAUUUUGAUCUUGUGUCUCAAGUGCUUACUGUUGUUUGUUUAUUUAACUGACCCUUUUAUUAAUGUAAAUUGAUAAAUAAUUUCAUUAUGUACAUGCACUAUCCUCAUACCAUUUUUGUUUCUUUAUGAAUCUAUGCACUGUAUCAGUUUUUAUUCUUUUAUUGCAGUAUUGUUAUAAAGGAUUAUUUUUAUUCCA